AUGAGUUACAAGACCAACUAUGAGCUUUACUCUCGAGGAAGCAUCGACAGCAGACGGUCACCCCCGCCAGAUGAGCUUCUCUCACCAUUGGCAACACUCUACCCGCAUGUUGCAGCCCUGCAGCCACAAUAUAAUCCCAGCAACUGCACCUUCACCGGUUACCGUGACACGGGAUAUUGGGCUGCGGCCUACACAACACAGACCAUCGAUGAUUCCAUGUCCAUGCGUCGAAUUGGUAAGCUUAAUCCUAUGGCCGACCAUGCCGAUUUGUUUCUAAACUACGCCGACUCCUCAGUCGAGACGAUUUAA